CCAUGUCACAGGCCUCUCCUCUGACUGGAUACAUGACACCAAAGGAACAGCAGACACCUGCAGUCAAGGUGCCCAAGAACCAUCCAAGGAGAACUUCAGUGAAGAAUAAUGUGUUACCCUCCAUCCCUCACCAUGGAAGGUCCACCUCCCCUCCUGCUCUGAUUGACUCUGGUGCCUCAGCCAUCUCCUCUGCCAUCAACAAUGCUAGUGCUGCCAACGCCUCCAUAUUCUCCACUGAUAUCCCAUCUGUUUCCUGUUCUGUUGAGGCUAGCACUUCCACCACAUUCCCCACAUCCUCCUCCACCGCUACUCCCCCUUUCAUGACCACCACCACUACUGUCCACAGUGCACCCUUGGUUUCCUGGUCACCUCUACAAUCAAUUCUCAAACUCUGCCAGCGAUACCAGCGACUACCUGGCACAGUUUCUGAUGCUGCACCACCACAUACCAGUGAUCUCACAGACCCUGUGAUCCUCAGCCUCAACCUCCAACCACUUGCUGUUCAGAAUGGGAUCAACCUUGACCCACCAAUGUCCUUGUCGUCCUUCAGAGUGGAAACGAGCGCAUCUCUGCAGAUUCAAGCGGGAGGAGAGACUAUGCCGAAAGGCACGGUCACUCCUGCUCAUGCUGAGGAAGCUUCUCAACUUCCUGAACCAGAGCUUCCUGCUGAAUCUCCAGAGACUGCUGCUGUUCACCAAGAGGAACAGGACUUGCAAGAGGUUGAGCUGGAGCUGGAGCUGGAGCUGCCAGGCAGAGGUGAAGAUAUAAGGAAGCAGGAGGGGAAAGGAAAGGAAAAAGAGGUGGACGUACCCAGCCAGAAGGAAGACGAAGAAGCUCGGUCUCUCGCAUGGACCUGGUCAGACUCUCCUCGACGAUCGACAAUUCGUCGACAUUCUGCUCCCGAUGCCGUGCCGCAUGCUGAUCACACCGAUGCGAGAAAGGGCAUGGAUACAGACGAGCCUGCGCCAUCUGCUACAAUGCACCCCGAUCGUUCCACGCUGCGUGCGUUGAGUACCGAGCCGGCACCCUAUAUCAAACACUUGUCGCCUUCACCGGAUUUGCAUUCGGAGGAGGAAGCCGAGGACGAGGAGGACGAGCUUGAUGAAGAUGAAGACGAAGAACAGGAGGUCGCACACGUAGAGGACGCGACUGGCCCUUCAGCGAUGGCCGUAGAAGGAUCAGGCGACACGAUACCAAUGAAUGCGGAUGCGGACACGCACAUCUUGCAAAACCAAAACCGCGACGAUACGCACGCGUCCCGCGCCGCAGAUCAUCGUUCGCACACCUCACCCGCUUCGGGCAACGUUCAUUGGGCGGACGACCCGAGCUACCAGGCACCCAAGGCUCCCAGUGACUCGCCGCGUCCACGGCCAUGUCCGGACGAGAUCAUCGCCAUCGCGACCCCGGAAUCCUCGCCAAAUCCGCGGUGCCGGAGCAUCGAAAUCAUCGACGUCGACGCCCUCGACAGCGACGACAACGAGCCGCCGCCAUCCUCAUCCCCUGAACCCGAGCCCAAGCUCAUUCGAGCGCCGGCGCCAACGCGCCGUCGCACACCGCAACCGCUCAACGAGAUCCGACCGAGACGCCCGGUCGCGCCGCCCCCUCCAUCCCGACCGGUCGAAAUCCAUGCGCCUGCGCCACCUCCCCCUCCUGCAACCUCGCGGAUGGGCGGGGCGAGGCCUCUGAGCGAAAUCCAACGGAAUCCGUACAUCCCGCGCCCGCUGUCGCCCAAGCACAUUCCGCCCUUCUUCCCCGAAGAGGCAAGGAACGCGCCGGCGCCGACGCGCUCGCGUUCCGACUCCCGCUCGUCGUCGUCGUCAAGAUCGGGUGUCGCGGCCGCGCGCACCGCUGCGCCCGCACGCGACAACGCCACCGUUCCACGGUCCGCACGCAAGCGCAAACGUGGCGAGUGCCAUCCGAGCGAGAACGACUUCAGGGUGGCCGACCUGCGCGCCGCCGAGACGCAGGACCCGAUGCGGGCUAAGAACAUCGGGAGGGCCGUGACGGACGAGUGGGCGGCCAAGCUCGAGGCGGCCCUGGCGGGGUCGAACAAGCGCCGAAAGACGGGCGCUCACGCAUCGUCGUCCGUCGCUGUUGCUAGCACCAAGAGCCUUCGCAUGAUCGGGCAGGUCAUCGAGGAGAUGGAGGGCGCCAGGGUGUGCCUGUCGCAGAACGGGGAGAGGCUGCGGGACAGCGCAUGGUGGCUGUUGGACGAUGUGAGCGAUGCGCCAGACGUGCCGGAGGCGUUGAAGGAACGAGCCCGGGCGUUGAGUAUGUGGCAGACAACGCGUCUGCGGGCAAUGCAGGAGGAACGGAGGAGGUGAAAGUCAGGUUGCUGUGGUGGUCGUGGUUGAUCAGCAACUUGAGACCACUGCUGUGCAGCGGGGUGUUGUGGCGCGUUAUGUACUGCAUUGGACAGCUAUUUCCUAAGGACCCGUCCUGCCCGGUCGGUUCAUAGGACAUUCUUAUUUAUGUAUUCGUUUCAUCCGGAUUGGAAAUUGUUCGUGGUCAUGACUUGAUGUUGAAUGAGUAUGGGCUCGAGCGAUGGUUCGGUUCCGCCGUAUUCACUAGGUGUUCAACGCCAAAGACAUUAUUAUUUUGUUCUCG